GGGGUGCAGUAGGAAUCCGUGUUGUAGGAUACCCAGAGCUUAUGGGAUUUCCCCUAAUUGGGGGUGAGAGCGAAUAUCUCAGGCGUAUUACAAGAUAGCACCAUACUAUCUUUGGCAAAGUUGUAGUACUAGAAUAGAUCUACCAUCCAAUACCCACUAACAUCCAAUUAGUUGGCAAUUUGGCCGCUAGAGGCGCUAUGUAGAAGUGCUUGCUAUGUACACUCGCCAGUAGAAGCACUUAUAAGUUAUAACAUGCGAUAUCUCAAGAUCUACUUUAUUUGGAACUAUGAUGUCUUCGGCAAAGUUGUUCAGUAGGUCAAGAGCAAUCUGGCGAUACACCAAUUAGUUUGUGAUUUCGCCGCUAGGUGACGCUAGUCGUCAAGUAAAGUUUCAAACUUCUCUAUCUCGGGAUCUAGAGCAGAUACAAAAAUGUCGUCUUCGGCAAAGUUCUUCAGGAAGUCAAGAGCUAUCUGGUGAUUCAACAAUUGAUUGGUGAUUUCGCCGCUAGGUGGCGCUAGUCGUCAAGUUAAGUUUCAAACUUCUCUAUCUCGAGAUCCAGAGCAAAUAGAAAUGUGUCGUCUUCGGCAAAGUUCUUCAGGAAGUCAAGAGCUAUCUGAUGAUUCAGCAAUUAGUUUACGAUUUCGCCGCUAGGUGGCGCUAGUUGUCAAGUAAAGUUUCAAACUUCUUUAUCUGUGAAUCCAGAGCAAAUAGAAGAGUGCCGUCUUCGGCAAAGUUCUUCAGGAGGUCAAGAGCUGUCUGAUGAUUUAACAAUUAAUUGGUGAUGUCCCUGCGAGGUGGCGCUAGUUUAUCAAGUAAUGUUUUAAACUCCGCUAUUUCGGAAUCCAGAGCAGAUAAAAAAGUGUCGUCUUCGGCAAAGUUCUUCAGGAAGUCAAGAGAAAUCUGGUGAUUCAAUAAUAAGGUGGGGACUUCACCGCUAGGUAACGUUAGUUUGAAGUUUUGAACUGCUAUAUCUCGGGAUGCAAAGCAGAUAUAAAAAUGUCGUCUUCAGCAAAGUGCUUCAGGAAAUCAUUGAGUUUGAAAGAAAAGCUUCAGAUUAUCGAAGAUGUGGAAGAAAAAGGAUUGUCCUAUGCAACCAUCGCAGCCAAUUUACAUGUAAACGAGUCCACCAUUCGUACAAUCAUCCGACAGAAAUGCGAUAUAAAGAAGAUUGGGCCAGUAGCUUCUAAAAUAAGCGGUAAAGUUCAUCGGCUGCGGGAUCCCGUUUUUUUGGACAUGGAAAACGCGUUGAAUUCAAUGAUAGAGUGUAACACCGAGCGCGGCUUUCCAGUGGACUUUAAUUACAUCACAGAAAAGGCUCUGGAGUUCUACUCCGUUUACAACAAAAAGCAUGGAGUAGCAGAGGGAAAUAUCAAGCCUUUCAAUGCAUCCAAGGGCUGGUUCCAGAAAUUCUGCAAGCGGUACGGAAUCCACAACGUUCGUCUGCAUGGUGAAAUGGCUUCGGCUGAUAUUGAGGCUGCUGCAACCUUCCCGGCAUUCGUUGAACAGGAAAUCAAAGCUGGUGGGUAUUGUCUUGAUCAAGUGUUCAACUGCGACGAGACCAAACUUUUCUACAAAAAAACGCCCCAAAAUUCAUACGUCUCGGAUUAUACUAAGAAAAUGCCUGGAGCAAAGGCCGACAAAAAGGGAUUUUCAAUCCUUUUUUGUUCCAAUGCUGCUGGGUCUUUGAUGACAAAGCCUCUUGUCAUUAAUAAUGUGGCUAAACCGAGGGCAAUUAAAGAUGUGAUUCAUUCAAACCUUCCUGUGCACUACCGAAGCAAUAAAAAAGGUUGGAUGACACAGGACAUCUUUAAUGACUGGGUUGAGAAUUGUUUUGCUCCGGAACUUGAAAGCUUCUGCCGUUCACGGAAUAUCGGGUUCAAGGCUCUUCUCUUGCUGGACAACGCGCCAUCGCAUCCGACAACGUUCGACCAUCCCAACGUGAAGCUGCUUUAUCUGCCUCCCAACACCACAUCCUUGAUUCAACCCCUUGAUCAGGGCAUAAUUAGAAACUUCAAGUUGCUCUACAUCAAAAAAAGCUACCGACACAUCCUACAGACAUCAGAAAGAGACAAGCCACCAACCGAGGACGAAGCGGUACUGAACGAAAUUGUUCAGAUGGGUGCAGACUUCGGAGCGGCUGGAAUAACGGGUGAUGACAUAAAGGACAUGAUCAGGGAUCAACCGGCAACAGUGGAUGAAAUUGUUGCCAUCUUGGAGCCAGAACCAGCAAGCGAGAUCGAUGUCGUUGUCCCACCACCGGAUGCUGAAGAAAUUGAUAAUAGGAUCAGACAACUGAGCGAACUAGAAAGCUUCUGCGCACUGGACAGUAAUAUGGAACGAAGCCAGAAGAUGCAGGACAUCAUGCAAGAAUUCCAUCCCCAGCUCAAGCGUCUGCUCACAGAAUGGAAAGAGGAAAAGACAAAGUAA